CUAAUUUAAGAUGGUUAUACAAAAAACAAACGUUGAAUUUCAUCGUUUUCCAAGAUAACCUAUUUAUUUGAUGUCAGUGCGAUGUCGUUACUAUCCUCUCAGAAACGACUCACCCCGGUCAAUCUCGGCGAAAGAACGUUGCUCAGCGCGUGUACCGAAUUUAAAAAUGUAUUGAAAAGAAAUGUUAUUUCUCCACAGAGGAAGACAUGUUAUUCCUCGUUUUACUGGUGUAGUGAAUGCGAGAGGCACAGUGACUGUACAAUUUGGGAGGGAGUUGUCAGGGCAAAAAUCCAUUGGCAUGAAUGCAAAACUAUGCAAUGAACAGGGGCACAAUUGUUAUUUUCUCUUUCAGCUAGAGAGGGUUGCUUAAAAGGGGGGGGCAGUAUUUCCCAUUUUCGCUUCUACAGAGCACACAGUCUGUGUUGUUUUAGUAGCGAGUCAAGCAAGCAAGCGGGCGCGCGCUGUUGAUGGGGUACUUGAGCUGCAGAUUUGCUCAGCACGCUCACGGAACUUGUCUAUAUGCGCGACAACGUGUUUGGCUGAGUGGUGGCUAAUGGCUGCCAUAGAAAGUGAGAAAGACAACAACAAAUGAAUCCUUGAGAGAAGACGAAAACAGAGGAUGGUGAGCAGCCAGCCGAAGUAUGAGCUGAUCCAGGAGGUGGGGCGUGGCAGCUACGGUGUGGUGUACGAGGCGGUGGUGAAACGCACUGGAGCCCGGAUGGCCGUGAAGAAGAUCCGCUGUCAUAGCCCAGAGAAUGUAGAGUUGGCCCUCAGGGAAUUCUGGGCCCUGAGCAGUAUCCAGAGCCAGCACCCCAAUGUCAUCCACCUUGAGGAGUGUGUCCUGCAGAGAGAUGACCUGGCUCAGAGGAUGAGCCAUGGGUCCAGCUCCCCACUAUACCUAGAGCUGGUGGAGACAUCUCUGAAGGGAGAGAUUACCUUUGACCCCUGCUGUGCCUACUACCUGUGGUUUGUCAUGGACUUCUGUGACGGAGGAGACAUGAAUGCUUACCUGUUGUCCCGUAAACCCAGCCGCAAGACCAACACCAGCUUCAUGCUGCAGUUAGGAAGUGCCCUGGCCUUCCUCCACCGAAACCAGAUCAUCCACCGGGACCUGAAGCCUGACAACAUCCUCAUCUCCCAGGGAAGGACCUUGGCUGGAACCCCCGAGCCUACCCUGAAGGUUGCCGACUUCGGCCUAUCCAAGGUCUGCUCCACGUCGGGCCUUAACCCUGAGGAACCAGCAUCUGUCAACAAGUGUUUCCUUUCCAUGGCGUGUGGCACAGACUUCUACAUGGCUCCAGAGGUGUGGGAGGGCCACUACACGGCUAAAGCAGACAUCUUUGCCCUGGGCAUCAUCAUCUGGGCCAUGGUGGAGCGCAUCACGUUCGUGGAUGUGGAGACCCAGAAAGAGCUCCUGGGAAGCUAUGUGCAGCAGGGGGAGGAGAUCGUGCCCCUCGGGGAGGCGCUCCUGGAGAACCCCAAGAUGGAGCUGUUGAUCCCUGCUAGGAUGAAGAGCAUGAAUGCCGGCAUGAAACAGCUUAUCAGGGAGAUGCUGUCGUUCAACCCUCAGGAGAGGCCUGACGCCUUUGAACUGGAGCUCCGACUGGUCAGGAUCGCCUGCAGAGAGCUCGACUGGGACACGUGAUAAUGGGGGUGGAUAGGAGGGGAGAGGACCAUGGGACUUCACCACUGUUUGCUCUUGUGACUGAGGCCACACAAAUAUAAUUUUCGCUCUCUCUCGCUCUCUCUCGCUCUCUCUCGCGCUCUCUUGCUGGGAACAAUUCAAAGUUUGCCAAGAUUUUGGCUUUGCAGUUGGAUAUUGGAUCGGAAGUACUGGUAAACCUAGCUCAACAGGUUGACAGCCAGUCUGUAAAAUGUUUUGUUUUGAAUGUUAACAUGGCAAGGCUGUCCAUAAGCACAUUCAGCUGUCUGUCUUGCAGAAGGAGAUGUGUUGCUAGCUACCCCACUGCUACUGGUUUACAAAUGCCCCCCUAGACUCUGGUAAUAUUCAUACUAAAGUUAUGAUACAGGGAGACUAUCCUGUUAUGAUAUGGAUGCAAUUAUCCACACCUCAGUGAUCGUAAACUGUGCACGGCUGGUUUUACCAGAAUUCUGUGACCACACCCUGCUCUUCCCUUUCAACAAACAUGCACACGCACACUUCCCACUGCUCAGGUAAAAAUGAAGAUAUACUGUUUGUUGGGAUUUGUAGACAAACAGCUGUUUUUGAAGAGAGUGCAACAUGACAUCAGAGGCCUGUGUAUUCUGAACUGGCCCUGAGCCAACUAUGUGAAUUAGGCUUGUGGGAGCUGACAGUCUUGGUAUGCCAGUGCAGACCUAACCUAGCAAUUCCCAGCCCAGUGCAGACCUAACUUAGCAAUUCCCAGCCUGCCAGUGUCAUGAUUGGCCCAGAAUGAAAAUAAUUUGAGGAAUGGAGUGUUUGGAAUGUAAAUUAAUUAAGUCACACAACUUAAAGGCCAGAGACAACAGGCUGCUUGUUCUAAAUGCAUCAAGGAAUGUGUUCCAACCCCAAACAACAUCAAUAUAUUUGGCUGAAGAGUCAGUGUCCUGCUUGUAUUAAUAUAAUAUAGAGCUUGAAUUUAGACUUGAAUUAUCACAAUUGGAGGUCAGUUGAGUUAUGAAUUAAACCUGUGUGAACGGUAUGGUUAGGGGUUCUACUUCAGUGGCAAUCAGUUGACAACAAAUGCACUUUUAUUUUGUUUUCCUUUAUCUUAACUUACCCUGCUAUCUAUUACCUUGAGAAGGCUGGAUAUGGUGUGACGACACCAGUGUUUACUAGGGGCCUUGGAGGACGUAUUGUCAAACAAAAAGUCUACUUAUGCAUGCAAUGCCUCGCACCUUCAAAGAGGAAGAGAGAGUGAGGGGAGACACCAGCACAGCACACACACUUCCCUGAGCCCGGAGGCGCAAUAGUUUGACACAAUACCAUUUGUUUAACCUUCUCUUUUUAUAUAUAUAUAUAUAUAAAAAUUAGGGGCAACUACUGACUGUAGUUGCCCCCGUUUUUAAUCUCUCACACACACCUCAGUUUACCCUGGCUCGUACCGGUAAUCCCUUUCUCCAUGCUUCCUUCCAACAGACCCAUACUAAGCCUAUUUAGGCUUUUGGUAUAGUUGAAAGACGUACAGGAAGGCUCAUCUCGGGAUCCCGGCUUAUCGCCUUGCAAGUCCAAACUUUCUGCGCUUCUAACAGUUGUGGGAGCGUAUCAAUACCAUCAAAUGUUCAUCUGAAAAUGUAGUUUGAGUGUCAUUCUUAAACAGUGGCAGAACAUGUAAAAUGUGUUUCGUACGACCUGGCUGUCGCCUGCAUUAUUACUACCUUUUUAAAAUGUCUUCCAUUGCCAAAAUACUCUUGUCUUUCAUGAUGUUAACAUACUUUAUGCUUUAUUUGAAUCUCCACACACUAGCACGUAUAGCACUAUAUUGUUUGAUUUUGUGUCGGCCAGGCACAUUUUUGUUGAGAAUUUUGACUUUGGGGUUCUUAUCUCAACUAUUUUACGCCCAUAAUGUUAGCACGGAUUGUGCUUUUUAUAUGGAUAUUUUAUUAAAGGGGCAAUCAGUAGUUGCUACAUCCAUUUUUGGACUUAUCAUUCAUUUAGAAGUACCCAUUGAUUCAUGAAGAAUAUAAAUUGAUGCCUCAUGAGUUUAAACUGUUGUACCCCACCAGAACGCAAAAUACACGGUGUACAAAACAUUAGGAACACCUUCCUAAUAUUGAGUUGCACCAUCUUUUGCCCUCACAACAGCCUCAGUUCAUUGUGGCAUGGACUCUACAAGGUGUCAAGCAUUCCACAGGGAUGCUGGCCUUUUUUGACUCCUGCUUCCCACAGUUGUCAAGUAGGCUGGAUGUCCUUUGGCUGGUGGACCAUUUUUGAUACAUGGGAAACUGUUGAGCUGUGAAAAACCCAGCAGUGUUGCAGUUCUUGACAUUCUCCAACUGGGGCACCUACUACCAUACCCCGUACAAAGGCACUUAAAUAUUUUGUCUUGCCCGUUCACUCUCUGAAUGUCACACAAUCCAUAUCUCAAUUGUCUCGUGGCUUAAAAAUCCUUAUUUAACCCGUCUCCCCUUCAGCUACACUGAUUUUGAAGUGGAUUUAACAAGUGACAUCAAUAAGGGAUCAUAGCUUUCACCUGGUCGGUCUGUAAGCGCAGGUGCUCCUAAUGUUUAGUGCACUCUGACUAUAUACUGUAUAUGAGCUACUACAGAGGUUAAAGGAGGAGGCUCAUGGACGUGACUAGAUUACUACGUUCUGUUUUCAAGGGCCUUGACAGUGAGUUGUAUAUUUGCUGUGAUGGGUUUUCUUUUUUUUUUUUCAACAGUUACUUCAGCUUCCGUUAUCUUCUGUCAUUGAUACAGAAGUGUGUUUUAUAAUUAGUUGGAUACUGUAUUGGUGUGGUGGUAAUUGUCUUCAUUGGCUGAAAGUUGGUUUGUGUAACAAGAUUGGGUACACACAACCGGGGUCAACAACUCAAACGUCUUUGCUGCUUCUGAUGAGCUUGAUAUGGGGAAAGAGCUUGUUGCCUGAAAUAUAAUCCUACCAGACUCAGAUGUCAUCUUUGGUGAAAUCUGUGUCCCAAAUGGCGCCCUAUUGCGUAAGUGCACUACUUUUGACCACAGGCCCUGGUCUAACAGUACUAUAUAUAUUAUGGAAAAGGGUGGAUUUGGGACACACAAAUCACAAGUGCCCUAUUCAGAACAGGACCCAUUACAAAGAGAAACCUCAUCAGUUGAAAAUAACCAAGCACCAGUGUACAUUACAACCAGGUGUGUGGGGGGAGGGGCUCAAACUUUUCUAUGAACAGUACUUCCUUUGUAUUUCAAUGUAAGAUAUUUUUGAAGAUUAAAUGAAAUGGAUCAAUACAUGCUGUAAUAAGUGUCAUUCAUUGCUGAAUUAUAAAUAAAACCAACAAAAAUAAA